GUGGAGAUGGGGUUAUGCUGAUAAACCGUCAACGGAGACCGGUAAGUCAGCUUUAUUUAUACCCUAGUAUUGAUUAUCUAAAGUGUGCGCUCCUCUCGAAUCUUUUUAAUGAAACUUUGUUUUAUUUAUUAGUAGAACAGUUUAAUUGCACGGUGUGACAUACCUUGGUGAGGUUUUUGAGGAUGUAUCUGCCUCGACCGUCUUGUCGUCUUCUGUUCUGAACUCCAGAAAAAAAACGCGCGCUCGCUUCCACGAGCUCUGAGACCGCAGUUCCCGCCCCCUGAAACCGCGCCCGGGCUGGAUGCGUGUUACAGCACUGAAACGGACGAGACUGUGAAGAUUUGCCGGUUUGAAAACCGAUCCGGCGCGGAGUCAUAUGCUGUCUUGGUAUAGUGAGAGAAAUAGAGAAGGAAGGUCAGAUUGAGAAAUGAAACACUGACAUGUUAUAAAACAAACUGACUUCCUUAUGCAAGAGAUUUGUAGAACUGUAAUCUCUACUGUGACAAAUAACAGUCAGGAGGUGUUUCCUAAAGACUCUGGAGGCUGGCCGUUUGACACUUACAGAAGAUUUACACAUGAACUGACAAGCUGACAUCACAUUCGUCUUCAACUCUUUUGGCACCAAAAGCAAAUUUACGAACUGUCUCUGUCACAUCAAACUGUCUGCAUGCUGUUGCUGAAGGAUUAUUGACAUUCACUUUAUGAUUGAUACUACUCGUAAAUAAGGCCAAAACAUUUUACCAGGAAAGCAGUUUGGGGAAAAUUGUCAGAAACAACAUGGCAAACCCAAAUGGCCUGCCGAAGGACUUCAAAACUGCUCUUCUGGUCUUAUACAUAUUCAUCUUUAUCUUUGGGACUCUGAAUGUUGUACUAAUGUCCUGUAUGCUACAGUCUCAAAGGCAUCUCUCUUUCACCAAAGUGUCUGUGAUCAAUCUGAUAGCAGUGCACUCCUUUUUCCUUCUCACGGUGCCUUUUCGCAUUUACUAUUAUGCUUCUAACACAGGCUGGCCUCUGGGCAGUGAUUUCUGUAAAUUUGUCAGUCUAAUGAUCCAUGCCCACAUAUAUCUUGCAUUCAUCUUCUAUGUCUCCCUUCUAAUUGUGCGUUAUGUGGAGCUCUCUAAUCAGCGGCACAAGCUAGAGUUUCAUCGCACCCUUCAUGCCACGAUUGCAAGCGCAACCGUCUGGUUGAUCAUAUGUGGCUCUGUGUUCCCAACUAUUUCUAACUACGGAAAUAAUCAGAAUAACAGAGACAAACACACUGAUUCAACUCCGUGCUUUCAUUUCCGUAAGGCUCUGGACGAUCAUAGAGUGAAGACAUUAAACUAUGUUCUUUGUACACUAGUAAUACUGGUUUGGAGUGUGCUAGCAUUUUUCCAAGUUUAUUUUCUAAUCAAAGUGAUUAAGGCAUUUGGAAAGGCCACAUGUCAACGUCAAGAGUUCUGGGCACAAUUAAAAAAUUCUGUUUUCCUGUUGGUCGUGUUUUUUAGUUUUGUGCCUUAUCAAGGAUUCAGAGUAUAUUAUGUGAGUGUAUAUGACAAUACCACAGGAAUACCAAAUACCACAGAAAUACCAAAUACCAAAGAAAUACGGAGUACUGAAGAAAUUCAUCAUAUAAAUGAAGUAUUUCUUGCUGUCACUGCUUUCAGCUGCUUUGAUAUGAUUGUUUUUGCUGGUAGAGAUGUAUGCAAACUUAUAAAUUCAAGGGGAUGGUUUAACUGUUUAUAGCAUCUAUAUUGUAUAUGGUUUUUGAUAUUGUGAAUUGGUUUCCAUUUUAAAUUUUUUUAUGCUUUUGCGCCUUAUAAGCUAAUAACAAUUUUUCUGCAUGACAGAAUGUUUGGAAAUAACCUGGUGUUUUUUUGUUUACAAUGCAUUAAAUAAUUUACAGUAUUUACAUCGGAUGGAUUUAAAUUACAUAUUUGGUCUUUAUUACUUUGGUUUUUAUUCCUUUUCAAAUAAAAUGUUUCCACAUUUAUUUUUACGUGUAAAGACAUAGCAUGCACAUGCAGAUAUAUUUUGCAGGAAAAUGUUCAAAAUGCAUACAGUAUGUUUAUUUCUAUAAUGAUAUUAUCUGUUGUUUACUUAUAAAAACUUUUUUGUUUAUUUUUAUCUGGAACAAAACUGUCAAACCACCAGUGAUACAGCUAAUUCAGUGACUGAUAAGCUGUGGGUAUGAAUUUAUCAUGACAUCAGUAGUGUUAAUUAUAAAGUUUACAACAGACCCAUCACUGCCAACAGAAAGAC